AUGGAUCGCUCAGACGAGUUCAUGUGCUUAUGCAGGAAGCGCGACAAAGGAGUGGCCCUGACUCGCAGGGAAAUCAAAUGCAAGGAUGAGUUUCUUAUUCAGAGCAGCAAAAUAUACACAAACCUGCUUGCCAACUGUGAUUACAUAGAUAAUAACACGCUAAAGCAGUACAGCUUAACAAUCCCCCGAAGCAUACACGUGAAGGAGAAAAAGACGAGGGUCAAAAAUAAAGGGAAUUUACUCUACGCUGUUAAUAAAAUAUCUGAAGACAUUAACCUUUUAAAAUCGAAGACGGAGACGGAAACACACAAGCACGUGCUCGGCUGCCUAAACAGCCUGCUUGGAAUUUUCAUUGACAUUAUUAACAAGUAUGAACACAACUUAAGUAGCUACCACUUGAAGUUGAAUCGGUACACGAACUUUUGCUUCUACGACGUGAAGGGUGUCAAGUGUAACUUCGAUUACCUUAACAGAUUGAACCGUUACAUAUAUGGCACCAAUUCGUGUGAAAGCCAAUUUAAAAAACAACCUGCUGAUCUUUUGGGCUUAACGCAUGGAAGAGGAGGCGCCACCUCCCACCAGGAGACGAACACAAAUUAUCACCAGUUCGGUAACUCCAUCAAGAACAACAAUACUGAGGAGUACAAAAAUGGGGAAAAGAAUAACCUCGGCCAUUACGAAGAAAAGGAGAAAUGUGAAAAUUACCUUUUGAACGAAGGGGAAAAAAAGCAACAUAUCAAUUCCAAGGAAGACUUGGUGAAAAACGCAACUGUGAGAAAGCGAAGGGACAAGAGAGUCCAGUUCAAUACGUUCAACUAUGUUGAAGAGGAAGAGGCGGAAAGGGCCAAGGGGGAAUUUCUCUCCCCCCUGAGCAGCAGCCAUAAUGAUAUCCUGAGCGGCAGCCAUGAUUACACCCUGGGCACGAACCAACAGCUGGAAUUCAAAAAGUACGUGGACCUCUUUGAAAAGGAAGAAAACACCUACAUCAUGGAAACUAAAAAUAAAAUCGCCAAAAUAAGUAAAUUAAUGAACAUAUUUGUUACAAAGAUAUAUGAGCAGAAUGAGAACUUGAACAUGAUAGAGCACGUGGUGGAGGAGAGCAUAGAGAACGUGGCCCAAGGGAAUACCUACCUCAGUAAAAUUCAAAACAAGAAAAGCAUGAACUCGCUCAUCUUCUUCGCCCUCGUGUGCACCUCCCUGUUUUUGCUCAUCUUCGAUUUGUUCCGAUAG